CAAGCGCGACGCCUCAGGUGACAGGCUUGUCUGAGGCUGCUGCCACCUAAGCAGCGCAACCUGCAUCAGAAUGUCACCCGGUGAAGUAGGAAUAAACCCUAUGGCAGCCCACUUGAAGAGUGCAAACUGCCUACUGCUGAGCAAGUUGUGGCAUUGCGUAAGCAUGUCAGCGAAACGCGCCGAUUCCUCGAGGGUGCCAGUUUUGGAAGCCCUAUCGGUACUCCAGGACCGAAUCAUGAAGGCAGAUGCCGGGAAGUCUCCCCGCUUCCAGGCCGACCAGUACGCCCUCAACAAUAGGCUUCAAAGGAAGGACAGCAAUUUCGUGCUGGACUUCUGCCAGCCAACCUUUCUGCAAGGGUGCCACCAGAAAAUGCAGUUUCUCGACGUCGGCUGCGGCACCGGCGAUUUCACUCGCGAAUGCUUGCUACCCCGCUGCCUGCCCUGUCGAAGGAUCGUGGCCACGGACUGGUCGCUGGACAUGAUAAAGUACGCGAAGCGGCACUGGGACCACGUGAAGAUCGACUAUCAGCAGCUCGAUAUAUCCGCGGACGUGACCAACUUUCUGAUUAUCAACGGCCCGUUCCACAGGAUCUACUCCUUCUAUUGCCUGCACUGGGUCAAGAAGCAGGACAUCGCGCUGAAGAACAUUGCCAGGCUCUUGACGCCCGAAGGAGAGUGCCUGCUGCUCUUUCCGGCGUCCAACCCAGCCACCGCGGGCUGGCAAUUGCUGGCCAAGAUGGACCGAUGGGCAAAGUAUUCGGAGGAACUCUUAGCGUACAUCGCUCCAUGCGAGGACAUGGUGGAAAAACAAGAGCAGAUCGAUUACAUGCGCUCUCUGCUGAACGACGCGGGACUCACGCCCAGCAUCUUCGCCCUUCCGAGGAUGGCGACCUUUGAUGGAUGGACCGAGGAGGACAUAAUCGAAAGGGACUACGCCGACCCGGCCAAAACAAGGCUGCUGGUGUUGGCUGUGCCGACUUUUGGAAUAGAAGAGCGGUCCCGUACCGAUGAAGCGAAGGCUCCCAGACGAGCGGCACAACUUGCGACUGCCAGGAUAGAGCAGUCAAGCCUCAAGUAUAAGUUGCUGCUCAGACACUCGCAGUGGCCAAGCAGCGGAGAUCUCUCCAGCCAGAGAGUCGUGUCCCAGCCUUCAAACCUGCAGCAUGUCAUGCAGAAGGUUCCGAGACUCGCAGGUGAUGAUGCUGACGUCCCUGCCCAAAGCAGCAAGAGGCUUAAGUCACAGGAAUCGCCUGAUAGGGUGCCACGGCAACCCGUGCUGAAGUCAGACACCGAAGACUGUGAUGAUGUUGACAAUUUGACCCAAAGCAAGAAGGCAAAGUUACAGAAAUCACAUGAUAAGGUUCCACGGAAGCCCAUGCUCAUGUCAGACACCGAAGACUCUGAUAACCUUGACAACCCAACCCACAGCAAGAAGACACAGUUACAAAAAUCACAUGAUAAGGGGCCACGGAAACUCAUGCUCAAGUCAGACACCAAGGACUCUGAUGAUGUUGACAAUUUGGCCCAAAGCAAGAAGGCAAAGUUACAGAAAUCAUGUGAUAAGGUUCCACGGAAGCCCAUGCUCAUGUCAGACUCCGAAGAGUCUGAUGAUGUUGACGACCCAACCCACAGCAAGAAGGUAAAAUCAGAGGAAUCGUCUGAUCAGGUGUCACGAAAACCUACACUCGGGUCGAUUAACAGAUCCAAUUGCGACAUGCAAUUAAGACAUCCUGGGAAGGUGGAACUUAAGAGUUCCAGCUGGCUUGCUGCAAAUCUGAAAGAGCGACAGAACGCUUUCCAGAAAUGCGAAGACAGCCCAGGAGAAACGGCACAAACCAGCAAAGGUGAUAAGGCAACGUUCAAGCCGAUCAGCAGCUGUUCAAGCAUCACACAGCAAGCAGGCAGACAGAGUGAAGUUCCUGCUGGUACCUGGCACCAUACAAUGGCUUUAGCUAAGCAAGUGCCUUAUAGGAAACCCGAUUGCAAGACGACGAACAGUCAAUACAAGUGCUCGGUGACAGGAUGCCCACACGCCAAUUUCAUGGAUUGUGUUGGCCUUUGGCUCUUCCCUAUCCCCGACAAAAAAGAAGAGGCAUCACUGCAUUCCGCAUGGCUGCAAAGCGUGCCUGUUGACUUCAACGUCAACAGGCCACUCAGUCCGCGCGUGUGCUUUAAGCACUUUGACGUAGAAAAGGACUUUGUGUCAUUCUGUAAACGUUUAGUUGGACUCCAGUCAUGGGCUGUCCCCUCAAAAGUGCCACCAAAGUCAGUCUACAACAGCUGCUGAAGCAGCACAAGAAUUAGAGUCCACAAGUGCUAUUGGCAUGGGAUGUGGAUCACAGUCCACUACAGCCACUGAUGGGGAAAAUGAGGUAGAGUCAACAACUGUGGUUGCAGUGAACCACGGAUCUCAAUCCAUGACUGGCACAGGAAAGCGACAGGAAUCUGAGCCUAUGUCUAUUGUUGGCACAGCACUGCAAUCACAGCAUUUGUACACUUUGUGAUCCUGAGGCAGCAGCAGUGAUGGUCUAUCACCGCUGCACAAGAAUUAGUAUCAGUGCUCAAAGUCUGGAGCUGAAAGACGAAAGUACAGUUAAUUGCAUGCACCGAAUCUUCAUUGGCAACUACUAUAUAGACUAGGCUUUGCUAGCUUUAGUAUCGAGAAGGCACUGGCAUGUGACGUGGCCAACGACUAUGCCGGCAACGUAUCAAAACGAAAAUCUCGCUAUUUCUGCUCGACUCUGUCACUAAUUCAGAACACAGUUGUAUAGACCAUAGGCUGUAAAGUGUCCAACAAAAGUUUGGUCCUUAGACAUUAAGUCUGUGGGGCAGUGGAGUUGUGGACUAAUUCCAUGGCCGUUGCAGUCGUGGACAUCGUUAGCGUCAGCGAAAUUGUAAAGCCAUCUACUGCAACUCCUGUCCCAUGCCAGCAGUAGUUGUGGACGGCGGGCUUUAAUUACUUACAAUUUCAAUUACCUGUGCUGCUUAAUUCAGCACCACGUACGACACUUUUGUUCUGUGAUGAUCCCAGUUUUGGUAUCUACUGUUCUUAGUAUCUUUAACUGGAUUGCAAAGCGAUGUGCAAUUUAAUAUGUUGUUCGUGUGCUCGUGUGAGCUUGUUUCGCUGUAGAAACAUUUCCUGCACAACUUGUUAAUAUGCUCCGUUUUCAACCUGUAUUUCAAAUUUUUAUCUGAUUUAUGAUCUUUUCAAUAAAGACUUCCGA